GAGUUGAGUCUCAAUCGUCAAGUCCAAAACAGUUUCGAAUACUACUACUAGAACCAGAGUUUGUUCUCGAAAGUACAUGGCCGUGGCCGGGUGAUCGUGUCUUCAUCUUAGUAUUAGAAGAGCUCCAGCCUAUCCACAUGGUCAGGACAGGCUAAAUGGUGCCAUUACCCGGAGACGUCAAUGGUUUUUUUCCAAACAUCAUUGGUCAAAUCUCAUGUAAAUUUCAAUUUCAGUUCCCAGCUUCUUGGAGAUAGAUUCGACCAUAAUUACGUCGUGCCGCCCAUUCAGAAAUUCCAUCAGGCGGAUUUACCCGACUUCAGGUAAAAGACAUUGGCAACUUGAACACGUUGGUUUUGUACUAAUAACAAUGGCUCAUUUUAACACGUGUGCCGCUAUUAUUUUAAGCACUUGAGCAUAGCCAAAACGCUGACCAUUCACGGAACCACCAUCGUUUUGAAACGGUCUCUUCUCCACGCCUCCAAAUUUACAGCGCCGUUCUGCUGAACCACUAAUUAUUUUCUCUAAAAUAAACAACACCAAUUAAAAUUUUGCAUUUGAAUUUUCUGAUAAAAAUCAAAAUUUCUAUCUGCAGACAAACUCUCAGACUCGAAAUUUUUAAUUUUUAUCCAAAAUCAACCAUGGUUUUUCAGAAGAAACAGAUCUCGUCCUUAUCUUCAAAAAUUUUGAAGUCUCCUCUACCAAAAGAAGACACGCCUCUUCUAGGCAAGGCAGAGCCGGUGUCGUCGCAAUCCAAGACCUUUGCAAAUGUUUUCAUAGCCAUAGUCGGUGCUGGCGUUUUGGGCUUGCCUUACGCCUUCAAGAGAACCGGAUGGAUCAUGGGCCUGCUCAUGCUUUUCUCCGUUUCUGGCUUGACCACCUAUUGUAUGAUGCUUUUGGUUUACACCCGCCGGAAGCUCGAGUCUUUUGACAAUGGUCUUUCCAAAAUCGCUUCUUUUGGUGAUCUGGGUUUCAUUGUUUGUGGCACCGUUGGCAGGUUUGUUGUCGAUAUACUUAUUAUUCUCUCUCAAGCUGGAUUUUGUGUUGGGUAUCUUAUAUUCAUUGCUAACACUCUAGCCAAUCUUUUUAACAAUGAAAUACCCAUGAUUUCAAGCUUAAGUUUGGGGAUGUCCAGUUUUACAGCUAAGAGUAUGUAUAUAUGGGGAUGUUUUCCGUUUCAGUUGGGGUUGAAUUCAAUUGCAACAUUAACCCAUUUAGCCCCAUUGAGUAUUUUCGCUGAUGUGGUGGAUCUUGGGGCAAUGGGAGUGGUGUUGGUUGAGGAUUUGUCACUGAUCUUGAAGCAAAGGCGCGAGGUUAUGGCUUUUGGGGGUCUCUCUGUGUUCUUUUAUGGCAUGGGUGUGGCUGUUUAUGCAUUUGAAGGGAUUGGUAUGGUUUUGCCUAUAGAAUCUGAGAUGAAAGACAAUGCUAAGUUUGGAAAAAUAUUGGCACUGAGCAUGGGUUUGAUUUCUUUGAUAUAUGGAGCAUUUGGUGCGCUUGGUUAUUUUGCUUUUGGUGCAGAAACCAAAGAUAUUAUUACUGCUAAUAUGGGGGCAGGCUGGGUCAGCACUUUGGUUCAACUAGGUCUUUGCAUUAAUUUAUUUUUCACUUUCCCAUUGAUGAUGAAUCCAGUUUAUGAGAUUGUAGAGAGGCGAUUUUGGGGAGGGAGUUACUGUUUGUGGCUAAGAUGGCUGCUGGUUUUGAUUGUAAGUUUGGUGGCUUUGUUCGUGCCAAAUUUCGCUGAUUUCUUGUCCUUGGUUGGAAGCAGUGUGUGCUGUGGUUUGGGGUUUGUAUUGCCAGCUUUGUUUCAUUUGUUGGUGUUCAAGGAAGAGCUGGGGUGGAAGGGAUGGACUUUGGAUGUUGGAAUUGUGGUCUUGGGCCUUGUUCUUGGAGUUUCAGGAACUUGGUCUUCUCUGAUGGAGAUUUUAUCUGUUAAGGUGUAGACCUACAGUUUACAACGAAGAGUUUGAGGAUUGAUGAUUGCUUAAGUCAAAGACAGCAACAGUUUUUCAUAUGUUAUUAAAGGUGGGACCUAAAAAAUAAUAAAAAGCAGGAAUAGGAGUCUUUCCUUUAUCAACCAAAAAAGGCUGGGAUUGAUAAUUAAGAUAUGAAUUAUUUUCCUAAACACAAUGGUUUUGAUAGAGGCGGAGAGGAGGGGGAUUGGGGCUAGGCCCCCACUGUUGGGCCUAACAAUACGUGUUCCCCAAGUCCAAAUACAAGCCCACAUUCAUCAGAAAUAUGGGGCAUUUGCCUGCCCCCAAAAUGGUGUUAGGGUUCAGCUUCUUUCAUUUUUGUUAUCUAUUUUUUGUAUUUUAAGUGUAAUUAAUUUAACAAUGUCAACCUGCCUCAUAUCUCAUACAUGUGCCAUGUGAGCACAUUAUAUGUUGGUGGGAGCAGCUGCUCUUGCAUUAAAGCCCUUGAAUUUUAAUUCAUUUCAUAAGUAAACUAGAUUGACACUUGUACUAGUUCACACUUCACAGCUUAAAACACUUUACAUUGAUUUCAACACAAUAUUUCCGGCUCAACUGGGGAAAAACUAUUUUUAUCUCACGGUUUUG